ACUGAAAAGGAAAUUCACUGUCACUUUACGUUUGUUGAUAAGUGCCGAUAACUUUAUCAGUUAUCAAAGUGAAUAACAUUACAUGUCUAAAUAAAGUAAUUGUGCUAUCAGUGCCAGCAUAACUCUAGCUGGAUUAAGAAGGUUGUUGUAUUUUAUCAAAUAAUUAACCCAUAAAUACCGAAAUGGCCUUAUCGAAACCGAUCAUGAAUUUGGUGGCAUCAUACUUGCAAAACCUGUAUUUGAAUCCUAUUAAAACAAAAGCUAUCACAAGCUGUGUUGUGGGAUCAGCAGCUAGCAUUGUGUCGCAAGUUGUAGCCGGAGACUGUGUCAGACUUGAUCCGGUCUUAGCAUUUGGAUUAUAUGGGUUAUUAUUUGGUGGUACAAUCCCCCACUACUUCUACAACAUAGCAGAGAGACUGUUUCCCGAAGAAGUAGUGGCCUUCCCUCUAGCAAAGAAGCUAUUAUUUGAAAGGCUGGUAUUCGCUCCGUUCAUGCAGGCCUUCUCGCUGUACACCUUGGCCAGGUUUGAGGGCAAGAACCACUCAGCUGCCGUUAAACAGCUGUAUGCAUUAUACUCAACGGUAUUGGAAGCCAAUUGGAAAUGGUUGACACUGUUCCAAGUUAUCAAUUUGGCGUUUGUGCCUCCAAUGCUGCGAGUACUGUUCAUGAAUUUAGUCGGUUUCGGCUGGGCAAUGUUCCUGGCUACGAAGAGACGCCAACGCCAACAGAAGGAGGAAAGGAAGGAGUAAUAAACUAAACUAUAGCCGUUAAUAUGUGGU